CAAGCAAAACACCCAAGAAUCCCUAAUUUCCACUGGAAGCCACUUGCGUUGUUUUGAUUUCUUUUUCUCUUUGCUUCCCUGCUUGCCAAAUAACCAGUUCUCCUUGCACCCAUUGCUACCCAGGAAUUGUUAUGAAGGGAAGGACCGACCUGAGCAAACAUUUCCUUUUGCUGCAGCCUUACACAGGCAUUGCCCUAAUGGGGUAUCUGGGGCCGUGUGUCACCACAUGGAAAAUUUGGGUUGUUUUAAAGAAAAUGCUUCAUUCUAAUGAUACCAUGUAUUAUAAUAACCCUAAACAAACAUCUUGCAUAACGAGAGGGGUAGAAAUGUUUAAUGCAUAAAGCUUUGGAAUCCUUAUAUGGAACUAUAAGGGAGGUGAGAACAAAAAAGGGAGAAUGAGCCCUGAAAGCUAAGUGCUGUUCAUCCCUCACCCUGUCCUGCCCUGUACCCCCUUCCUGGCCCCGCAAUUACCACCCGGCCCCAGGGGCUGUCUUAUCGCCAGCAUCACGGAGCGGGGCGGCAGCUUCGCAAAUGGCGGAGGUGGAGAUGGCAGGGUCCCCGGUCCACCCCAUCGUCAUCGAGGGAAGGGAGGAAGGAGGAGUUACAUUCCCGAGCCUUUUAAUCCAGUCGUGCUGGUUCACCUACAAAACUGGGCAACCAGGCAGCAACCUCCUUCACAUGCAGCUGCCGUCGCCAUCACACCAUGUCCCAGCGCCAGGUUGUGCAGAUGUCUACCAGUCAUGCCAGCUACGGAGUCUGUGUACUGGGCACCGAAGUCUUCCUUGACACCCACCGAUCGACCCCUAAGGGUGCCACGUCAUUUGAUGUUCAUGCUACCUCUGCAGUCACGGUCCACAUCAUCCACAGCCCCAUGAUAAAACCCAUGCUUAACUCCAGAUGGCCAGUGGAUCCCGAUAUAGAGGUUGUAGUGACCAUUGGUGUCACCAGCAAGACUGUCAAUGACAAUAAGGUUAAGAUUUCGUACUACGGACGGGAAGAGAAUGAGAUUUCGGUGGCAUGGUUGUACCUCACCUGUGUAGAUAUAUCUCUGGACGUGGACGUGAACCGUAAUGGCAGAGUGAGGAGCAAAGGGAAGGACAAGGCCAACUGGACAUGGGGACCAGAUGGGCAAGGGGCCGUGCUGUUGGUCAACUGCGACAAGGACAGCCCCAGCACGGUGGGGACAGACUGCAGCCAGGUGGACAUACAGACCCCUUCAGACCUGCAGGACAUGUCUGUGAUGCUACUGCGGACUCAAGGUCCCAGCAAUAUCUUUGCUGACUACCAGCUUGUCCUACAUGUCUCCGAGUCAGAUGCGGACAAGGUGCGGGUUUUCCAUGCUGUCCGGAGUGACUCACACCCCCAGUACAAACCCGUUCUGGGGCCGGGCAAGCUCUCCUGCGUGCUAGACUAUGUCAGAAGUGGAGAAAACACCUUCUACGUGGAAGGGUUGGCUUUCCCUGAUGCAGGUUUCUCUGGGUUGGUUUCUAUCAGCGUCAGCUUGCUGGAGGUGCCCCAUAAGUAUUCUCCUGGGACCCCCAUUUUCACAGAUACAGUGGUUUUCCGCAUGGCGCCCUGGAUAAUGACACCCAACACCCAGCAGCCCCUGGAGGUGUUUGUCUGCAGCAUCAAGAGGGGAAUCAACUCCAAUGAAGUCUUUCUGGAGGAGCUCCAGGCGCUGCUGAGGAAAGCCAACUGCAAAAUGACCAUCUGCUCUGAGGUUGAAAGCCGCAGUGACCGCUGGAUCCAGGACGAGCUGGAGUUUGGCUACGUGGAGGCACCACACAAGUCCUUCCCUGUGGUCUUCGACUCGCCCAGGAACAGAGGCUUGAAAGACUUUGCUUUUAAGAAGAUCCUGGGUCCUGAUUUUGGCUACGUGACCCGUGUGCCCCCUGGAUGUGACGCCUGCAGCCUUGACUCCUUUGGCAACCUGGAUGUGAGCCCUCCGGUGACAGUGCGAGGCAAGGAGUAUCCACUGGGACGCAUCCUCAUCGGCAGCCCCCUGCCCUGGGCCUCCGGCCGUCGGAUGUCGAAGGUGGUCAGGGAUUUCCUUUACGCCCAGAAGGUGCAGGCGCCAGUGGAGGUUUACUCAGAGUGGUUGAGCGUGGGCCACGUGGACGAGUUCCUCACCUUCGUCCCCACGUAUGACAGAAAGGGAUUCCGGCUCCUUUUGGCCAGCCCCACCGCCUGCUUCAAGCUCUUCCAGGAGAAGCAGAGGCAGGGACACGGCGAGGCCACACAGCUCGUGGGGAUGGUGGGCAGUGAGCGAAGGAGCAUUGAUGACAUCUUGGCAGAUGAAAGGCUGAGGAAUGACAACAAACAUGUGCAGCGCUGCAUCGACUGGAACCGCAACCUGCUCAAGCGUGAGCUGGGGCUGAGUGAACAGGACAUCAUUGACAUCCCCCAGCUCUUCAUCCUGCGGGGUUCCCGUGCAGAAGCCUUCUUCCCAGACAUGGUGAACAUGCUGGUGCUGGGCAGACACCUGGGCAUCCCCAAGCCCUUUGGGCCCUUGAUAGCUGGCCAGUGCUGCCUGGAGGAGCGGGUGCGGGCACUGCUGCAGCCCCUGGGGCUCUCUUGCACCUUCAUCAACGACUUCUUUUCCUACCAUGUCCUUUCUGGAGAUGUGCACUGCGGCACCAAUGUCCGCCGUAAGCCCUUGGCUGUCAAAUGGUGGCAUGUGGUGCCCUAAGUACCCAGGAAGGGUUUCUGGUCCUUCCCAAUGGGGGAUUUGGAGCAUCUCGAAAUAAAGUGUUUUGUCAAUGUGUGCACUGAGGGUACAGUUUUCCCUUGUGCCCCAUCCUGUCAUUGGGUUGGAAUACUGUUGGAGACAUUUUUCUUGUGGGAAGGGUCUUUGCGAGCAUGUUGCAUGCAUGGUGGCACACACUGAACUGCCAGCAUCUCAGUGAUUUGGGGUCUUACAGUCCCUUGUCCCAGUUUCAUGCUAA